UUUUUUUUAGUUCUCAAACUGCUUAUUCAGUUCGAAAAAAACGUAUAACAAAAAUUAUUGAUAAAUAUCAAAAUCGAACAAAUCAUAAUCUUGAUGAAUUUUUUCAAAAUAUAUUCGUUUCUUCAACAACAACAUUAAAACCACAACCGAUUGUUACUCAAUCAAAAGCACGUUCAUAUUCCAUGGUAACUGUGCAAUCAUAG